AGUUGUCAUUUUUCUGCCUGUGUUUGGGUUAGGGAUUGUUUGUGGGAUUAAUCACUAAAUUUCCGAUUUCUCUUUUUUGGGGAGAGAUUCUCCUGUGGGGAAUGCGGAAAGAUGAUAGGUGCUUUGCUGACAAAGAGUGAACUGUGUGGCCGUGCCAAACGGUGGAUCGGCGGCAGAAAUUGCCACCGGAAACACGUCGAGGACGGGUGAUCCUUUCUCAAUCAAGAAAACCGCACAAUCUCGCUCGUUUUUAAUUUUUUUCUUUCUCAGAUUUUUUUUUCCGUUACUCGCACCUCCACAUCUCAUUUUCUCGUUUGUAUAUACUAGAAUAAAAUCUCAUCUCUGUAGCGAUUCUCUCUGUGGAGAUGGCAGAAAGGAGCAGAGAUGGUCACCCGACUGUGCUCCAUGGGAGAUACGAGCUCGGCCGGAUGCUCGGACAUGGCACCUUCGCUAAGGUAUACCACGCUCGGAAUUUGCAGACGGGAAAGAGCGUGGCGAUGAAGGUGGUCGGCAAAGACAAGGUCAUAAAGGUCGGUAUGAUGGAGCAAAUCAAGAGGGAAAUCUCUGUUAUGAAGAUGGUGGAGCAUCCGAAUAUCGUCGAGCUUCACGAGGUCAUGGCGAGUAAAUCUAAGAUCUAUUUCUCCAUGGAACUUGUUCGAGGCGGUGAGUUGUUUGCUAAGAUUGCUAAGGGUCGGUUGAGGGAGGACGUUGCUAGAGUUUACUUCCAGCAGUUGAUAUCAGCCAUCGGUUUUUGUCAUAGUCGCGGUGUUUACCACCGUGAUUUGAAGCCGGAAAAUCUUCUUCUCGAUGAAGAUGGCAACUUGAAGGUUACUGAUUUCGGGCUCAGUGCUUUCACUGAUCACUUGAAGCAAGAUGGUUUGUUACACACUACCUGCGGCACACCAGCGUAUGUUGCACCGGAGGUUAUCGGGAAGAAAGGGUACGACGGAGCUAAAGCAGAUCUCUGGUCCUGUGGUGUUAUUCUAUAUGUUCUUCUCGCUGGAUUCUUGCCAUUUCAGGAUGAUAAUAUCGUUGCUAUGUAUAGAAAAAUCUACAGAGGUGACUUCAAAUGUCCACCGUGGUUCUCCCCUGAAGCUCGCAGACUAAUCACAAAGCUUCUCGAUCCAAAUCCAAGCAGUCGAAUUACAAUAAGCAAGAUAAUGGAUUCCUCGUGGUUCAAAAAAUCAGUACCCAAAACAGUAAGAACUAAAGAGGAAAUGGAAUUUGAUGCCUUCAACGGAGAAGAAGAUGGCAACAACGGAGGCAAAUCAAAGCAACCGGAAACGCUUAAUGCAUUUCACAUAAUAUCUUUAUCAGAAGGGUUUGAUUUAUCGCCACUCUUCGAAGAGAAGAAGAGGGACGAGGAGGAGGAGCUGAGGUUCGCCACAACAAGGCCGGCGAGCAGCGUGAUUUCAAGACUAGAGGAGGUGGCCAAGGCAGGGAAAUUCAGCGUGAAGAAGAGCGAAACAAAAGUGAGGAUGCAAGGACAGGAGAGUGGAAGGAAAGGGAAAUUGGGCAUAGCAGCAGAGAUAUUCGCAGUAACGCCGUCGUUUUUGGUGGUGGAGGUAAAGAAGGAUAACGGUGACACACUAGAGUAUAAACAAUUCUGUAGCAAAGAGCUGAGACCGGCACUCAAGGACCUAGUGUGGACGUCUCCCGCCGGCACUUCUACGAUUGCCUGAGAUGAGAAGUGAGAUAUGGAGGUGGGAGGGAAAUUGAAGAUGGUUAUGUGAUUGGAUUUGGAUGUUGUUGGUAAUUGUUAUUCUUGAUCUUGUUCUUGUUUUUGUUAUUAAUGUGAUUGUCGUUUGAGAUUUA